GUGGUCGCUAAAAUAAGCGCCUGUGCACACAGAUUCAAGAUGUCUGCGCCCUUGAAAGUUACACGAAUGAUUUCUUCUUGCUACAGAAAGUCAGCCACACAGAACGGACUCUUAUUAUCCAAAAGCUGUUGUUGUCACCUUCAAAGGGGCAGUCAGACAGCCGCUGAAGUAAAACCGAGAACAUGGCAACUUCACAGCGCUGUAUGUCUGCAACGUUAUCCAGUUAUCUCAACCACACGUAAUCAAUUUGAACAAAAGUACAAAGAUUAUCUUGAUGAAGUUGAAGUUAACCAAAGUCUGUUGUCCGAUCAUGAACUACAAAUGAUAUCUGACAGGUUGAGAAAAGAGAAAAAGAAACCAGAUACAGAAGAGGAAAUUAAAAAGAAGAUUGUUGUAGAAGAGUCAUUGCAGACUGCAGAGGAGAUGGAAGAUGAUUGGCAGAAAGAAUUAGAGGCAUUUCAGUUUGCUGAUAGAAUUACAGAUGCAGACAGAAGUAAUGACAUGACAACUCCAAAUAGGAAACUGGAUAAGCGAUUAGUACUCAUCACAAAGCAGAGAUGGGGAGAAGGCACGGAGCCAUAUUGGGUUUUUCCUCAGGUUUUGAGACUAGAUGGAGAGACAAUGCGUGAGGCAGCAGAAAGAGCCCUUAAAUCCCAUUGUGGGGAGUCAGUAAAUGCUACUUAUAUUGGAAAUGCGCCUUGUGGUUAUCACAGGUAUAAAUUACCCCCAGGUCAAGAUGAUUUUGGAGUUAAGUUGUUCUUUUUCAAAGCCUACUACCAUGGUGGUGAAGUUGCACUACAAACAGACAAUGUGGUAGAAUAUAAAUGGGUUACUAUAGAUGAGAUGCAGGAUUACUUGGAUCCACCAUACCUAGAUAACAUACAAGACUUUUUGAUAGAUCUUUAAGUGAAAUGUACAUGUUUAUGUUUAAAAUUGAAUAUAUAAUAUUUUCCGUAUUAAUAGGUUGUUAUGAAUCAAUAAUCAGUGGUAUAUUCAGACCACAGCAGGAAACAGAGAUUUAUUAGUACA